AUGGAGGAUUCACAACGAGGAAACGCCUCGAUGAUGUCCAUGAUGGAUGACCCUUUCGUUGUCAGCCCAGAAGGGGCGCGAGACCCCCCAUCAACGAACCAAUAUUCAACAUUCGAUGCGCAACUGUUCAAUCUGGAUGCAUCGACUCCCGCGCAAGCAAAACGGGCUCUCGAGGCCCAUCUGGCGGAAACCGAGCGCCGACUUGAGGAAGCGUCGAAGCUGGGUACUGCGCUCGUCGAACAACGGAAGGACCUGGAGGACAAGCUCAGAGAAGUGGAACAACAGCAGGAGGAGGGUCAAAUCGGUGAGGAGCUUCGUCGGAAACUGGCCGAUUUGGAGCGUGAAUACAACGAAAUAGGCCAGGAGACGGCGCGAGCGUUCCUUGCACCAAAGCGCCUUGCUGGUGGAGAUGAUGGUCACCUAGGCACACCCUCUAUGGACCAGAAGUCGCCGCUCCAUUCAGCACUAUUCGCCGGCCAAGCUACCAAUUCGCCUAGCAAAGUGAGCGUCCCGUCGCGCAAAUCGCGAAACCAGUCGAACCGCGUCCAUGAUAUCGAGUUUGCCACCGAAAUCUCGACGUCGCUACUUGCACAAGUACGCCAGCUGCAGUCAUUGCUCGCCGAACGCGAAGAGACACUGAAAACCGUGAACCUGGAGAAGUCGCGACUGGAGCUAGAGGCGGAGGGUUAUGCACAACGAAUCCGCGCUUUGGACGAGAGCGAGGAACGGUAUAAGGACGAGAACUGGGCGCUAGAAACCAAGAUCCAUGAGCUGAUGGCUGCCGUGAAAGAUGUCACAGACCGUGAGACGAAACUAACUAGCAGUCUGGGGGCGGCCACUGCGGAGAAAAGCGCCAUGGAGCGGGAGCUGGAGGACCUGAAACAAGCGAACGCGAAACUCAUUGAGGACCAUACUGCGGCUCAGAAGGCCAACGAUGCUGAGAUUAAUACUUUACGCCGGAACCUCAGUGCCGGUGAUGCGGAGAGGCUCACACUUCAGCGGAAGCUUGAGGAUAUGAACACUCAGAAUCAAGAGCUCGCAAAAGCAGUUGCCAUGCGAUUGCGGCAGCAAGAAGCCGAGUCUACGAGGGAAGUUGUCCGCCCACACGAUUCCGAAGACGAAGAGCAAGCCACGCCAGAGAACUCUCCUCCACCGUCGCCGAACAAAUUCACCCCUCGUCAUAACCACCUUGAGACUGAGACCUUGCGGAGCUCGCUUGGCCACGCUCAUCGGAUGAUCCAGAACCUGCGAAGUACAAUCCACCGUGAGAAGACUGAGAAGAUCGAGCUGAAGCGCAUGCUCCAAGAAGCUCGAGAUGAGGUGGAGCAGCGCCGCCGUGACUCGGUUGCUGCCAAUGGACCUACCAACAAGCGACAAAAGACAAAGGCCGAGACGCGCAAACCUGCACGUCCGGACCUGUUGGGUGCCGGUAGAAAGAAGGCGGAGGUCGAAAUUCACGACUCGGACUGGGAAUCCAAUGCUGGCGACAUCAGCCCGACUCAUAAAGCGUCUAAUGAUUCCCGCGAUCGCCGUGGAGACCAGCCGAUUGAUGACCGUAGUGAUGCCUACCAUACUGCGACAGAGGCUGAUGAUCCCUUCGAGACCGCCAAUGAAAGGGAGACCACAACCGAAAGUGAAGCCUUCCAGACCGGCGUGGAGAGCAUGGCUGGCGACAGCACGGAUAGUGAUGAACUUACUGAGACCGAAGAUCGUGUUCAAAGGACUCCUCGCGGACGAGUCUCCUCCAUGACUUUGGCAAAGGCCCGUGACCGAACAUCUUACUAUAGCACCGCAUCCACUUCUGCCGAUGAGGGUGACAGUACAGAUCCUGGAACGCCGUCCAUUAGCCAGUUCUCCACACCCCGUUACCGCCUGCGAAAGAAGAGGAGCGUUUUGCGCAAGAUUCGCCCGUCCGGCGAGGCUCCGAUGGCCUUCAAUAGCCGACCCUCAAGUGCUAGGGAAUCCCCGUCGACUAGCUUCACUCGGGAUACAUCCGCGGCUCCUGAAGGUCAAAGUCUCUUUGCAGAGCUUGCCGAAGUCGAUGGGGAUGAAGAUGAUUUCGGUCCACCGAUGCAGUUCGAGGCGGCAUCUCCCUCAACCCCGCGCAUGCUUCCAGGAUUUGAUUCAAGGAGACCGUCCGCAGUUACCGUGGAGCUUCCCUCGAAGCCCGAUAUGGUUGACUCCGGCGUCAUGACUGACCCUUGGGAGCCCAACCUUCAUCUCGCUUCUCAGACUGACGAUGAAACGGUCAUCAGUGUUCCUGUAACGCCUGAUAAGCCAACAAUGUCGGACGCCAGUACUGGCAUGGAUGUUGUGGAGUCACCCAGCUUAGUUCACUCUUCAACCCAGUGGACUCCGCUGAAGCCUAAUGCCGAAACAAGUGACGAUCAUGUCCUGAGUGUGCCUACGCCACCAAAGAUGGCAUGGGACGGCCAGACUCUCAAUGAGGAACGGAAAGUCGACAUUCCCGACAGCCCUACAACGCAGAGGGAGUUGAAUAUAUCCUCUGUAUCUUUUGAAGAGACAGAACCGGUGGCUCCCAGCUUCCCAGAGCUGAGAACAGCUUUCUUCGUGGGAAGCACGACAGAACCCGUUGCCGCUCCCGUCCCUGUGCCGCCAGAGGUAGCCUUGUCGCCAAUCUCGUCACAAACCACUCAACCGACCGAGCCCGUCAUUCCUGCUCCGCCCGAGCCCGAACCAAUAUAUGUACCGGAGAUGGCAUUUUCUCAGAUUCUCGUGGAGGAUACGCUGCCCAUCCUUGCCAAGCUUCCUGAGCCUGCGCCUGAACGCGUGUUUGCCGAGCAAGGGACAAGUACAGAUAUUGCGGAGCUUUCAGUUUCGGCUAUAUCAUCAGAACAAACUGAGCCGGUUGAGCCGGUUUAUGAGCCAAAGCAAGACGUCGCCAUCGUGGCUGAAGCUGUCCCUGAAGGCCCGCUAUCCUUCGUUGAACAAGGGACAAAUACAGACGACGUGGAGAUUUCGUUUCCCGCCAUCUCCUCAGUCGAAACUGAACCUGUUGCGCCCGUUCGAGAGACCAAGGAUGACGUUCCUGAGCCGGUGCUGUCCCUUACCGAGCAAGGAACAAGCACGGAUACUGUGGAAUUCUCAGUUUCGAGCAUUUCUUCGGAAGAGACCGAGCCUGUUGAGCCUAUCCGUGAGGCAAAGGAAGAAGCGGCCGCUGUGGAUGAUGUGGCCUCAGAAUCCACUCAUCCCGUAUUGAGCAUCUUCCUCACCCCUCCCGCAUACACCGAGCCAACUGCGCCAAAGCUCCAAGAAGCCGUUAUUCCGCCAGCACCGCAGUUGGCGUUGUCUACGGUUAGCUCAGUUGAAACACCGCCUGUCCAAUAUACUCCGGAUGUACUAAUCCUGCCCACGCCCCCGGCUCUCGACGAGAACACUCCCCCUAGUGUAAUGGCCAGCACUGCUAAAGCAACAAAGAGUGCCCCACCGCUUGUUGUCGUGGAUGACAACACGGACAAGGGUACUGCUGAUGGGUUGGUUACCCAGCAGAACGGUGUGACACUUCCUUUGGGUGCGAUCUCUGGAAAUGCGGCUCCCCGUCGCGCAAGGUCGGGCUCGUCCAACCAGGCCGACCAGGGUGCUCAGACCAUCUUGUCAUCCAAGCAAAUCGAUCAACUCCUUAUUGACCGAGCUUCUGUCAGACCACUUUCUCCUCCUGAUAGCGACAAGCUCAACGAGAUGAGCAACUCACCAUUCGCCACACCAAAGGCGCGAUCGCGCCCUGUUCCCCAGGCUUCCAAUGCCUCUUUACACAAGAGGCCUGGAAGCGCCGCGAGCCAAGCAUCAAGUGUGCAGAUUCAUCCUCCAUUACCUGCUGACCAUAAAGAAGCUAUCAUGGCUGCGGAGAAGAAAUCCAUCGAUCAACGCCCGGCGUCUGCUGGUUUGAUGGGCCCGCCACUUGCACCAGCCUCCGCAGUACGAGCGAGCUCACAGCAACGGCCUAGGACGCCGAAUGAGUCCGCUCUUCAAGUCGGCUCUGCGAAGACAACUACAUCACGAGCCAGCGUGAGACGCGAUAGCCAUAUGUCUCGACGAUCCUCAGUUUCUUCAUUUGCCUCCGAGCUGGAAGAGCGUUUCAACAUGCAGCCCAAUCCGCCGUUUGCCCCACAAGGAUACUCCACGGGAACUGACCCUCGAAUGAUCCAAGCAAUCACACAAACCAUGAUUGGUGAAUUCCUCUGGAAAUACACUCGCAGAGCGGUCUCUGGAGAAAUAUCCAACACCAGACAUCGCAGAUAUUUCUGGGUCCACCCGUACACACGCACGUUAUACUGGAGCGAGCAUGACCCGCAGUCUGCUGGAAAGAGCGAGGGACGGACAAAGAGUGUUUCAAUUGAAGCUGUCAGGGUGGUGGCCGACGACAACCCAUACCCACCAGGGCUUCACUGCAAGAGCUUGGAGGUUGUCAGCCCCGGCCGUAGGAUCAGGUUCACUGCCACUACAAGCCAAAGACAUGAGACAUGGUUCAACGCUCUUUCUUACCUGCUGGUACGGAACGGUCCGGAGGAUGAAGAAGCAGAAAAUGGUGUUACGCUGGAUGACAUUGACGAGUUCAACCCCGGAUUCCGCUCACGCUCGCGCCAAACGGCACGUAUGUCAGUUUCCUCGUCCCAGAGUCGCGGGACGCGGGGUCUACCGAAGCAACGGUCAGGCUCAGCCAUGUCUUUACGGCCCAGUGUGACACCUGGCCGUGCAUCCCCGUACCCCCCGUCGCAUUACUCGGACCAGGCAAGGCAGGCUUCGUCGUCUCGGUUGAGUACCAUCUUCAACUCGACAAUCAAAGGAUCUUUUGGACGAAAAGGCCCGUACGCGGCUUCCAGUCUAAAUGAAGAUAGCAUCCAUAACCACGACGAUAGUGUGGAAGAUCUUCGGCACAUGAUGGACAGGGGCGAUGAUGUGGACCGACUUGAGAAUGUCCGUGCCUGCUGCGAUGGCAAGCACGAUGUCAGCUCACUCUCGAGGACGAGCCGCUACAGCCCUCGCGCCAACCGAAUCCACUCCCAUCACUAA